AUGUCUGCGGUGGAAACGACUUUUCAAACGUCUCUGAUUUUUGAUGAACCAGCUCAGACUCGGUUCAUGAAAACAGGAAAGAAAAGUGAGAAUGAAAAAACCGACACAGAACAAAAACUUUCUCCUCAGGACGGUGUUUUCAUCUGUGCAGGUGGUCAAAAGAAACGCACCUCCUGA